AUGUGGUUUACACAAGGCCUAGAGAGGGGCCUGCCCGUCAUUGGUAUGAUCAUGGUUGCAUUUGAGCACCCGGACGAGCAAGAAGAUGGUUACGAAAUCAUGCUUCAACUCACAAAGUACUCAUAUGAAGGCGAAAUGGAUCCCUCAGUGUAUCUCGCAAAAGUUGAAGGAGCACUAUGUUUGCAGAUGGAUCAAGGUUCCGAAUUUGCUAACAAAACUAUUAAGUUUUUCCGUGAAAAAGGGAUAGUCACUGAUUACACUACGGUGGGUGACUCCCGCAGCGAUGUGGUAGCUGAGCGCGCCAAACUGUUGUUGCUAAAUGACUGCCGAACGCUCCUUGACUCGGCUAACUUAUCGGAGGAUUUAUUGUUCUAUGCCGUAAAAUUCGCAACAAUGAUAAGCAAUUCGGUAGUGUCAUCGAGUAUUGGCGAUUUACCAAGAUACAAGCCAGUAUUAACAGGCCUUGAUGCGGACACUAUCCUACCUUCGGCCAGACGGUCAUCGUCCACAAGCCGAACAUGGACAGUAAGCUGCAUGACAGGGGUGUGA